AUGUCAGUGGAAAGCGGAUAUAUCGAUCUUGCAGACAUGUCAGGCAGUGAAGGAAGGCGGUCAUCAGAGGAAACAUCAUCCAACGCUUCAGUGUUUCUUUCAUUGGAUGAACUAAUGGAUAAAGUCAGGACAUUUGUUCGCGAAAGAGGGAUUAUGUUUGUUUUUAUUCUUAAUUUUAAGCAGGAGGACUUUUUCCAUGGUUGUGACCUACUGAGGACAGGGUAUGUCAGUGCUAGUGACUUUAACAAAGCUCUGAAGGAAGUGUUUGAAGAGCUCUUAACGGAUGAACAGGUGGAAGAAAUACAGAACCGAUACUGCGUGCACAACAGCCCUGAUAAUUGCUUCAAUUGGUCAAAGUUCUUGCACGAUGCUGAGACUGGUAAGAUUUCGACACCUCAUUUUUUGUUUGCUUUACAAGAACCCUUUGUGCCUCAGAACAGCACUUUGCAGCCUCAGAAGACGGAGCUACUAAAGAGAGUUGCUCUGCUAAUGAAGGGUAAAAUGGACCUCUCGAAUCUACUGUGCCAAGCGCCCAGUCAGAAUUCAAAAAGGAAUGGACAAAAUGACCAUAAAUUUGACAAGCAGGCAGAAGACGUCUUUCAGCUUCUUGCUGCGGUCAUCGAAAAGGGAGAAUUAAAGGCCAUCAUGGACAUGUACACAGACGAGACGGGUUUUAAUUGCCAAGAAUUUCUACAAGAUUUGAAGAAAGUGGAAGAUUGCCAUAAAAAAUCAAGACCACCUUCUAGAAGCAACAAAGUCUCAGCGCAGUCACUGGGAUUUUUCAUUGACAUUCCUGAGGAUCAAGUGUAUUCUUCCCCGAGCUCGAAGCUCUCCAUCAGACGAAGCCGAAAGCCAUUCAGUAUUUCUUACGAAGCCUUAGUUUGGAUAGUAUUUACGAUCGUGACGACACUGUGCGUGGUUGAUCGAUUUGUUCUGAAAGGUGACGUGGUGCUUGGACGAGCAGCAAAAUUCCCCAAGCGUCUUUGGGGUACAAACAUUGGUGAGACAAUCACUAAUGUCGUGUGGGGUGUCACAGCACGUAUGAUCAUUACCUCUCAGAACUUGAUGUUUUACACGAUGCUGUGGUGCUUUCCAAACUUCAUCAGCGAGAUCGCUCCAAACUGGAUUACACUGGACGGAAUCCGUGCUGUUCAUUCAAGAAUUCACACGUUCGCUGGAGUAUUCUUGAUGGCUAUACCAUCUCUGGCCCAUGUACUGGUGAUUUUCGUUCCACCCCUUAUUGACGGCACAAACCUGAAGUAUUAUCCACCGAGCACGUUCAACUAUAGCAAGUAUCCAGACCACCUGAACUGGUCGGAAUUCUGGGAUCCUGCAGCUGUUCAGGGCUGGACAUUUAACGACCACACAGGCGUUCAUCUGACGGCUGACGAGAUCUACCGUUUCAUGAUCAUAAUUGUCAUAUUCUGCAUCUUUGUUCCUCUGAGCAGAUCGCAUUACGCAAACCAUGGAAGCUAUUCUUUGGCAAUGGCCUUGCACAUCUUUGCUGGAAUCUGGUACGCUAUUGACAACAUUCGAAAGAUCACCCAUGGUCUGUCACAAGUCACCAACCUUCCCAUACUCGCACUCUGGUGUUUCGACCGACUGCUCUCCAUUUGGAUCUAUCGACAUCAUCNUUAA